AUAAUGCUUCCAAGUCCGGUCAUAACGUCUUCCACCACGCCUUUUUCUGUGAAGGACAUUCUGAAGUUAGAGCUGCAGCAGCAAUCUCAGCAGCACCAGCUCCAGUUUAUCUCUUGCCUCGGUCUCUCCGGUGCGCUCUCACAACCUGGGCCUUUCUCAAACAAAGCGUUCCGCUCCCAUUCACCGCCGUCCUGCAUGCUGGCCGGCAGGGAUAGUCCAAGUCCCAUCAGCUCCGGCCUGUCGGAGAGCGAGGAGAGACUGUCGUACCUCAACGCGCUGACUGUACAAGACCGACUGGCUGAGUCUGGUCUGCCGGUGGAGAUGUUCAGCAACCCGGCGCAAAACCACUCAGACCUGCGGCUAGAGACCGAGCAGGAAGACAGCAAAAGCUGCGGUGCGUUGCGGGCUGAAUGUGAGGACGCAGACUCGGAGAAGCCCGCCACUAAACAGCAGAGGACCAGGAGGAAACCUCGCGUCCUCUUCUCCCAGGCUCAGGUGUUCGAGCUGGAACGGCGGUUCAAGCAGCAGCGCUACCUGUCUGCCCCGGAGAGAGAGCACCUGGCCAGCUCGCUGAAACUCACCUCCACCCAGGUCAAGAUAUGGUUCCAGAACAGGAGGUACAAAUGCAAGAGGCAGCGGCAGGACAAGACUCUUGAGAUGGCAGGCCAUCACCAUCACCACCAUCAUCCACCUCCACCGCCUAGGAGGGUAGCUGUGCCGGUGCUGGUCCGGGACGGGAGGCCUUGUCUGACUGGAUCCCAAAAUUAUAACACCUCUUACACAGUCGGAGCUCCUAACCCGUACAGCUACAAUGGCUAUCCGGCCUACAGCUACAACAACUCAGUGUAUACUAACACUUACUCUUGUACUUAUUCCAGUCUACCUGCUCUCCCACCCAGUAACACAACUGCAAAUGCGUUGAUGAACAUGAAUUUGGGGAAUCUUGGAGCUCAGACGCAAAGUCAGGCUCCCCAAGGACCAGUGGUCACACCCUGUCAAGGAGCUCUGCAGGGCAUCCGGGCAUGGUAG